AUGUCUAGACAACCGCGUCCUCAUCUACAGCACCAGUCUCCGCGCCACGCCCACCAGUACCACCACCAGCACCACCAACAGCAGCACGAAGUCGGGUACUAUUCGUCAUCGCGCGACAGUAUCGCGUACAUAAAUCGCGCGGCUAACGUCAGUUCGGCGGCAAGUGAACUCGAUUUGUCGCGCAAAGCUCGGCGAAAAGAUCUUCGUAAUCGGCUGAAAUUACCCUCGAGUGUCGCGCUCGCGAGUUCAGGGGAGGGGCCAUUAUUGGGGGCGUGGCGGACGGCACCUGGAUCAACGGCAGGUACCAAUCCGCCCUCGUCGAAUCACCUUAAUAGUAAUAGCAGUUGUAAUGGCACUGAGAGAUGUCAAGGCGACGUUUUGCACAUCAACUUCAUCAUUAUGGUAGUCGUAUUCCCACAGAUCGUCUACUUCGAUUCAAAGUUUAUGCCUUCAUCGUCGUGUUCAGUGUUUAUGGCAUUCAUUCCCCAAGGAGGAGACGAAUACUUCAACUUUGUCCUCAGCGGUGUGGGCUAG